CAAGGUGAACAAAGGAGGAGAAGUCAUCAAAUGUCAUUAAACGUGGUACUGAUGGUAGUUGGAGCCAAAAAUCACGUUUUGUGUAAAAUCAUCGUUUUAUUGAAAUAAAUAUAAAUUUUAUGAAUGAACAACAUUCACACAGUUAAGACGCUGAGAACGUCUUAGUGCCCCUGAGUAGCUCCAUUUAUUAUUAUUAUUACUAUUAGUAGUAGUAGUAAUAGUACUACAGGAUGAAGUACUGUUUGCAGUAGCUGUACUGUGUUCUGCAGGAGUGAACCGACACUUCCACAUGAUCUGCAUCAGAGAUAAGUUCAGUCAGAACAUCGGUCGGCAGGUUUCCUCUUCUGUCAUCUGGGACCAUCUGGGAACCAUGUACGACAUGCAGGCCUUGCACGAGUCGGAGAUUCUUCCGUUUCCAAACUCAGAGAAAAGCUUCAGUCUGCCGGAUGACAUCAUCCAGGACGUCAAAGAAGGGAAGUUGGGCUCAGAGGAGGAGACCAAAGAGGAGUUCAGGAUGGAGAGAGAACCUCCAGCGACACAUGAAGAAGGCAGCAACUCGUCCGUGAAAAUGUCUGAACGAAGCAGCAGCAGCCGAGAAAAAGAGCGAGAACGAGACAAAGAAAAAGGCAGCAGCGAUGGAGGAGGGAAGGAGGCGGAGAAGAGGAAGAGGAGCAGAGCCGCCGACAAGCUGCUGUCCUCCUCCAACCCUGCUAGUCCAGGAGGAGCCAAGAGGAGGCGCACCUAAGGGGGAGGAGCCAAGAGGAGGGAACACUUGAGGGGGAGGGUUUAAGGGAUGGUGUUGUGCUCUGCCACCCUACAGCAGCAGAGGAUUAUGGGUGUUGUAGUGUUUGACUCCACCUGCAGGAUUCAGUAAUACAAAACACAGAAACUCUCUGAUUCGUUUUAUUUCAAUUUCAAUUCAGUUUUAUUUGUAUAGCGCAUAUUUACA